UGGCAUGUGGCCAGCAUCAAGACAUUCAUCUGUUUGGUUCAGAGUCUGGCUCACGCACGACAGAGGGGAGGGAGAUGAGAAAGUACCACCAAUACAGAGAGAGCCCAAGCUGAUCAGAGGAGGUGAACAAGAGGCAGCACUAGGAAAGCACUAGAGGAGCUCCAACGGCUCAAAGUUUUAAACCUGUGAUUGCUGGAGGUGAUGCAAGCCAAAACUGGGGGUUCCUCCAACAUCUGGAAGCAAAACAAAUUCCACAUCAUGGACUGCUUCAAAUUUAGACAGAUUUAGGUUCGUCUUUGACGGAAGGUGUUUUUCUCUCACAUUCUUUUUUGGAACGGGGAAAAUAUAAAGUCGAGACCGGCAAUGUUAAAAAAGAUAUGGUACCAAGUCUUUUAAAAACACUGAAGCUCUGUUCCCUCAACACAAAGGUUUAUGAAAGUUAGGACGUAGCUGCUUGGAAAGAAUCCUUCACAGGCUACGUGGUUCAAAGACGUUACAUAAAGGAGACCUGUUUGUAAGUGGACAGGGCGGAUGGUCAGAGGAUCAGCUGUCUGCAUCAGCCUGGGACAGAGGGAGCCCUUGUUAACAUCGUCUUCUUCGGAUUAUUACCAGCAUAGAUUUCAGCAAAAGACCUUUUUGUUUUCUCACCUCUGUACAGUGAAUGUUCUACUUCUUGUCAGAGGUCCCUUUUGCUUUGUACACCAUUGAAAUGUAGUAGCGUACACAGCGACCCUCAGCCGUCCCACCCCACCAUCUGCCCUUGCCUGUGCAACGCAGUGACCAUGCUUUCCAAGUUUCCAACACUACAAAGAUCAAAGUCCCAAGCCAAACUAGGACCCGCUGGACGCCCUGCAGCAACAUGUCUCAGCCAGUGGCGGCUCCACUGGAGACCAACAGCUCCAGAGCAGGAGAAACCUCUGGGAUUCAGCUAAAAUGGGCUGCUCUUCUCAUUGUCAUGGUCAUCAUUCCCACUAUUGGAGGCAACAUUUUAGUCAUUCUUGCCGUGUCCCUGGAGAAGAAGCUGCAGAAUGCAACUAACUACUUUCUGAUGUCACUUGCUGUGGCUGAUCUACUGGUGGGACUCCUGGUGAUGCCAAUCGCCCUCAUCACUGUUCUCUACAACUCUGGCUGGCCUCUCCCAGAGUUCCUCUGCCCCAUUUGGCUCUUCCUGGAUGUGCUCUUUUCUACUGCAUCCAUCAUGCACUUAUGUGCCAUUUCACUGGACCGCUACGUUGCCAUCAAGAAGCCAAUUCAACACAGCCAGUACAAAUCCAGAGCCAAAGCGUUGGUGAAGAUAGCACUGGUGUGGCUCAUAUCCAUUUGUAUAGCAAUCCCCAUACCCAUUAAGGGACUUAAGAACUACCCUCUUCCCAACAACAUCACAUUCAACAGUAACCACACAUGCCUGCUGAAAACAGACACCUUCCGGGACUUCAUCAUGUUUGGCUCUAUGGCUGCAUUUUUUAUCCCUUUGACCAUUAUGAUGGUCAUCUACCUACUAACCGUCCAAGUGCUGCGUAAAAAAGUUUAUUUGCUCAAGACAAAGGUGACUCAGCGUUUUAGCUACCCAACAGUUUCCACAGUCUUUCAGAGGGAGCAGGCUGUGGCGCCACCUCAAACCCAGCAAAUGUUGGACGACACACUUCCUAGGAUGCAAGAAAGACCUAAUGCAGGCACAGCGAACUAUCACCCAGGAGACGACAUGCCCCUUCGCAGAAUGUCUACUAUGGGCAAGAAGUCAAUGCAGACUCUGAGCAAUGAGCAGCGUGCCUCUAAGGUGUUAGGCAUCGUCUUUCUCCUGUUUGUCAUCAUGUGGUGUCCAUUUUUUAUUACAAAUAUCACCUCUGUGCUCUGCACCAGCUGUGACGCCAACGUCAUUGCCCGCCUCAUGGAGAUCUUUGUGUGGGUAGGUUAUGUCUCAUCUGGAAUCAACCCACUAGUCUACACCCUAUUCAACAAGACGUUCAGGGGGGCAUUCACACGUUAUAUUACAUGUAAAUAUAAGACCUGUGAUAGUCCUGGGCCAGGAAGGCAGGCAAGACCGUCCACUACAGACCGGACUCUUACACGGAUUUCAUUUAGUUCUUCAGUGGCAGAAAACUCUAAACUGUUCAUGAAGCAGGGCAUGAAGAAUGGCAUAGGAGCAGUGGGCUACCAAAGUCCACUGAGGAGCCGACAGGCACCAGUACAAUCAUCCAGUGGUUUAGUGUUGGACACAAUGCUCCUGACUGAAAACCAGGAUGGGAAGCAGGAGGACCAUGUUAGCUGUGUGUAACAACGGAACAAAUGUAAACAAUUAAAAGGGAAUACUUGAACUGAAUCAGAUUCAUGGUUCAAAAUGUUUUGCUCUUCAUUAAGGCUUAUCAACCUCUUUCAUUUCUAAAUGCAUUAUCUGUCUGACUGUUACUUUGAAAUGGACUCAAAACUAUUGAAUUUUGUUGUUUACAUCAGUAAUAAUUUCUAUAACAGAACCAAAACGAAGCUACAUUUUAAAUUCUGUAAGAUGAAAUAAAAGGAGACACAAUUUCUAUA